UUUUGGCUUCCUCCUCUCGGCUCUUUAAGCCCAGGCGGCAUUGCUGCAGUCUCUGUCUCCCAGGGCCCUGCGGGUGCUCUGGAGGUCCACAGGGAAGACGCCGGACACCUGGAGGCCAGGAGAUGGAACUGUUGACAUUCAGGGAUGUGGCUGUUGAUUUCUCUCAAGAGGAGUGGGAAUGCUUAGAACCUGCUCAGCAGAAUUUAUAUAGUGACGUGAUGUUAGAGAACUACAGGAACCUGGUGUCCCUGGGUCUUGCUGUCUUUAAGCCGAACCUGGUUACCUUUUUGGAACAGAGAAAAGAACCUUGGAACUUGCUGCGACAAGAGACAGGAACCAUAUGCCCAGGUUGGUAGGAAUGAAUGAGGCAGAGGACAUAGGUGAGAGGUCCAGAGGUCUAGGGCCAACUCUUGAAAUGUGGAUUGAGAAGCACAGUUCCAGUGGAGAUGACUUUUCAGAAGCCUAGGUUUAUUUCUCUUGCUGUCACAGAAGGACAUCUCCUGCUGUAUAUUUAUCAUGCCUUUCAAACC